UUAUAUAUAUAUAUAUAUAUAUUUAUAUUUAUAUACAUAUAUGUAUUAAAAGCUAGUCGUGUUUUCAAAAAAUUGGUUUUUUUUUUGGAUUGAUUGGGUUGAAAUUGAUCAGAAUGGUCGGGUCCCCUACUUGAAUUGACCCAAUCGAUCCGAUCCAUUACGGCGUUACAUCCCUCGACCGUCGUGACCCAGUGCCCGCGGAGGGGAAAGCGGGUUUAACCCAGGAAGAGCGUGAGAGGGUUUGAAGAUUCUUAGUUCACUCGGGGAGAGAGCGAGCUAGCUGUUCACUCGAAGAGUCAUGGCGGAUCCCUACUGGAGAUACGCUGCUUCCGCAGAUAGAGGCACUGUUCCCAUGCCUAGCUUUCCUGGUUACAUGCCAGCUGAAGCAUCUUCAUUGACAUCCCAUCAUUUGUGGAGCUCAAAUGAUUUGCGGGGUUCUUCUUCAGAUUUUUUACAGAAAGAUGUCUUACCAUUACGUCCUGGGGCUUACGGCUUCGAUGAUGGUACGGGCAUUGGAGUUCAUCGUGAUUCUGUUUCUGGAGUCAGUGGAUUAGCAGCAGGAGCAAGCAUUAAGGGCUAUCCAUCUCUAGAAGACCCAAAUUUAAUUAGCCAAAGACAAGAUGUUGCACUAGGCAUUACCCGUGGUGUUGCAGAUGCAGUAAACGAAAGGCCCAAUUCUCUGAAAAAGGUUGAUGGUCUCCCAAUCCCAACAGGAGAAUCAAAUAUUCUGUUUGUUGAUGGGCUUCCAAAUGACUGCACCAGAAGAGAAGUAGGCCAUCUUUUCCGUCCUUUUAUUGGCUUUAAAGAAAUCAAAGUCAUUCAUAAGGAGCCUAGACGUGGUGGAGACAGAGCCAUGGUUUUUUGCUUUGUUGAGUUUACUGAUGAAAAGUGUGCUCUGACUGCUUUAGAAGCUCUUCAAGGCUACAAGUUUGAUGACAGGAAACCUGACUCCUCUGUCUUGAGGCUCCAUUUUGCACAUUUUCCUUUCUGCUUGCCGUCUGAUCGUGAUGAUCAGAAGUUUGGGGUUGCACGCUGAUGCAUAACAUGCAGCUGGGAUGAUAUUCAUUUGAGAUGCCUCAGAUAAGUCACCAGAAAAUAGAGGGAUAUGUUUUCCUUAGGUGACUUGCUAGGGCUUUACUUGAAAGAAUAUUUUGGAUAGACUAAUAUCUAACAAUGCUUGUAUAUUGCAUGUGUAUGUGUGUGCGCGCAUUGUGCUGAUGCAACAUGCAUGUUGGGCAUCAGACAAUCAUUUGUGAAUGUUCACUUAAUCUCCUAAUGCCAUUCCAAGUUUACAGUGUCUA